AUGAUUCCUGGAAAUAACUUGAUAAGGGGUCGUGCUGAAACUGAAACAACAGCAGCAGGGUUAUUGGGGACAACAGCUGCAGUGGCGAUUAGCAGUGAGGCGUUAGAAGAGGUUAUUUCCCAUAACCCCCUUCUUUCUGAGACAGUUCAAACAGCGUUCGACAGGGAUGUAACCCAUAGCCCACCCGCAGGGAUCACUCAUGGUUUGAGGGAGGAACGGGCUGAACCUGAAGAAACAACAGGGUGGGUGGGAGGGAUAGGCCAAGAGCAAAUGGAAGAGGAGGCUUCAGAGCGAUUUCCUGUUGAUGACUUGUGUGGGUCCAUGGAGGAGAGGAAGCUUCUUGCAUGGUCAAGGCCGGGUUACUCAGCAUUGUCUCUCCGGCACGCCCUGUUCCCAUCAUUCGGCACAAUCACCACCAUCUCUCUCAUCCUCACACUCUCCGCUGCUCUCGCUCUCACUCUCCCCGUCCUCCUCUCCUCCCUCAUCACCUCCCUUCCCCCCAUUCCCUUCCUCUCAACUCCCUCACCAUACUCCUCUUCCUCGCAAUUCUCCUCCUCCUCCACCUCUCCCUCAGUGGACGAUCGUCGUCUCAUGCCCGCAUCUGCUUCUCUCACGCUACUCAGAGUGCUGGCGCUCGUUUGUGUCACACCCUUGCUCGCCUUCUUUACAAGGCACGUGGUUCAAUACAGUUUUACCACGGCCUUUCUCGUCUAG